CAAUUGAGAAUUUGAGAUUCAGAGUCAUUAAAACUUAAACCCAUCUUCCAAUCAGAAUAAAUAGUCUUGAGAGACUUCUCUGUCUUCGUCUGUAUCUGCAGUAACAAUCUAAACCCCUUCGCGGCUACCCUCUGGCACUCUGACUCAAACCCGCCCGAAUCCACAGAACCAAGGUCUAAGGAGUGUUGUUUUGUUGGUUUAUAGCGAGUGACAGAGAGAAAGAAGUAAUAAUAAUGAGCAGUGCAGUGCCUUCGUCGUCUCUGCCUUUUCCCUCUCAGAGUCUCGUUUUGGGUCCUACAGAGAUCGCUUCAAAGACCCAAGAUUCCGCCAUUAAUCCCCAUCAGGCCGGCUCCGGCAAUAAUCCCUGGAAGCGGGUGCCUGAGCCUCCUCGCAACUCUCCAACUGCAUUCGUCAUGAAUACUUCCUCUUGGCCCGCUCUUUCUCUUACUUCUUCCCCGAAAGCUCCUCCUGAGGUUCAAGUUCAAUUGACAGAAUCGCCUUCCAAGGAGACGAUUCCCAGCAAGAUUCUGCCUUUGCCGGUUGCUGAAACCAAGAACAUCAAUGGUAGUUCGGUCUCCACCGAUAUCGCUUCUGGGCCGGUUUCUCCGAGCGACAAUGGGUCCUCUUCUAGUAUGAAUUUGAAGCUUUCUGUUUCGGUUGAUGUAUCUGUCGAUUGUCCCGGUUCUGGUGCGGAGAAGCAGAAGCCCAGUUCAACUUCGUCGUCGACAACGACGGCAAAGUCCACGAAUUCCAGACCAGCUCCGAGUCAUUCGUCGAGGCCUUUCAAUCAUCACAACAAUCAGAACUACCAUACUUCUCGAAUGGGCUCUAACCAGAGGGGGACUGGAUUCAAUACGAGGGGAGGAAAUAGAGGUGGAGAUGGAUAUCAUCAUCAUAACCAGAACUAUUCGAAUAGGCGGCACCAGCCGCGUGGCUUCAACGAUUGGAAUUCUAAUCGAGGGUUCAAUCCCAGAGCGGUGAACCCGCAGCACCCGCCUCACGGAUUUGCUAAUGGACCUGCAGGGUUCCUCGCGCCACCACCGCCGCUUCCGCAUUCUUUCCCUCAUUCGACUGCAAUGGUCAAUCCUCCCUUUGUCAAUGUCCCCCCUCCCCCUCCCCCUCCUCCAGUUCCAGGCUACAUGGCUCCUCCUCCUUAUGGGUAUUACAGUAAUCCGUACUUCACAGAUGCGUCUACUCCAGUUUAUGGCCCUCCGAUGCCAGCCCUGGUGCCUUAUAUGGAAGCUUUGAAUGGCCCGCCGCUAUAUCCUCAGCCAUCCCCGCCGUACAGCUUGCCUAACCCAGAUGUUGAGCUGUGCACUAAAAUACAAAAGCAAAUUGAAUAUUACUUCAGUGAAGAGAACUUGGUGAAUGAUUUUUACCUGAGGGGCGAGAUGAAUGGUGAAGGCUGGGUAUCUAUUAAUCUUAUUGCAGGGUUCAGAAGGGUUAAAGCAAUGACUAAUGAUAUUGGCUUGAUAGUGAGAUCGUUGACUGCUUCAACUGUUGUAGAAGUAAAAGAUGACAAGGUGCGUAGACGUGGAGACUGGAGUACUUGGAUUCUACCACACCGUUCUACGAGCGCAACGCAUACAGCUUCUCUUGAAGACACACUAAAUGGUCUUCACAAUUUGCAAUUGGGUGGGAAAUCUGAACCAGAAAAUCAAGAAGUUGAACCAAAGAUGGUGAAGCGAUCUGAUGGUUCUUCUAAACAACCAGUUAAAGAACUACCUGCUAGCAGAGGUUAGUAAACAACAAGUCCCUUUAAAAAAAGAAGGAAAAAAAAGCAAAGGGAGAAGCACAUGCGAGAAGCGAAGGAAAGAUGAACCAGGAAAAAAGCAAAUAAACCUUCUUAUGGUGCUUUCCUGAAGUGAAGUUGCGUGCUCAACUCAGAUGCAUCUCGCUCAAUUCUUAGUGUGCAAAAGAGAGCACAUACAUGGAGGUUAGAAGCAGUAGCCUCUGCCUACUAACUUGCCCAUGAUGUUCAUAUGUGUAUAGAAGUCCUUGUUACUCUUUUUUAUACUUCUUAUUCGUCGUCGCUUUUGGUUAGUCUGGGGUGGAUUCCUGUCUUAUUUUACAGACACGGAAAGCCAAUUUUGAGAAUUAUUUGGUCAUUUGAGGAGCCUAAUCAAAGAUUCUUUGACUAUUAGAGCAUUAAUUGUAGGUCUUAGUCUGUCCAUGUCUCACCAAAAAAAGGAAAAAAGGGUCUCUUCAUGUAAAGUCCGUUUGACCUUGACACUAUUUCUUUUUUAAUACUAUUCUGUAAGUUCAUUGAAACGUUGAAUUUCUUUUGGUUUUUAUUUUUA